AGGUCGCUUGGAUGCAUUUCGAGCAAUCAGCCAUCUUGACAGUGCAUAAUCACGUGAUAACGAGGAAUCCACGUAUCAGUGUGACCCACGACAAACACAGGACAUGGUUUCUGCAUAUUAAUAAUGUCCAGGAAGAGGACAAAGGAAGAUAUAUGUGUCAAAUCAAUACGGUUACGGCCAAAACCCAAUUUGGAUUUCUCCAUGUCGUCGUGCCUCCUAAUAUAGACGACUCUUUGAGCAGCAGCGACGUGAUCGUGAGAGAGGGAUCCAACGAAAGUUUAACUUGUAAAGCUACCGGAUUUCCUACACCUAACGUUAAAUGGAAGAGGGACGAUAAUACCAAAAUUACCAUAAAUAAGACUCUUCAAGUGCCCGAGUGGGAGGGCGAGAAGUUAGAAUUACAGAAAAUUUCUAGAUUAGAAAUGGGCGCCUAUUUAUGUAUAGCAAGUAAUGGAGUACCACCAACAGUGAGCAAGAGGAUCAAAGUUAGUGUAGAUUUUCCCCCGAUGCUCUGGAUCCCGCAUCAGCUGGUGGGCGCUCCGGUCGGCUACUCCGUCACCUUGGAGUGCUUCACUGAGGCGUACCCCUCCUCGCUCAACUACUGGACCAAGGAGGACGGCCAGAUGAUCCACGAGUCGCGGAAGUACCGCGCGGAGAACGUCGUGGGAAGUCCGUCGUACAAGAUGCACAUGCGACUGACGAUCGGCAACAUCCAGGAGAGCGACUUCGGGACGUACAAGUGCGUCGCGAAGAAUCCUCGCGGGGAGACCGACGGCACGAUCAGGCUGUACACUUCACCACAACCAACCACCUCACCGAGGCCGACCACCACGGAAACACCCACCAGACUGAAGGACGUGUACGGGAACGGGGACCUGAACAAUUCCGUUUAUGGGAACCCCUCGUCACUCACAAUACAUCUAGCUGACAAAGGUUCAAGAUACCAAUCAAAUUUGAAUGAAAUCGACAAGUCCGAGCAGAAAUCAAGUUCCGACUCCGACACCAAAGGGCAUAUAUAUGAAAAUAUUCCCCAACUCUCGCGGGGAUCGCUCACGAAUUGCUUCGGUUCCCUGAUAUGGUCAGUUCUUAUUCAACUGACAGUUUUCCGAGCAAUGCGGUGA